UUCUCGAUCUGGGAAACGUCAGACGUAGCCUGACGGCGGAUACAGCGAGAUCUAUACGUCAAAAGGUUUAAGCGGGUCGUAAUUUGAAGGAGUUUCCAUUUUAACCUCUUCCGAAGCGGAGCUGGAUCUGAUCGCACGUAACAAUUCGACAUGUUGGCUCUUAUUAAUCGGAUCUUGGACUGGUUCAAGUCUCUCUUCUGGAAGGAAGAGAUGGAACUCACCCUCGUCGGUCUGCAGUACAGUGGCAAAACUACAUUCGUGAAUGUCAUAGCGUCAGGGCAAUUUAGCGAAGAUAUGAUACCGACUGUAGGCUUUAAUAUGCGCAAAAUAACCAAAGGCAAUGUCACUAUAAAAGUGUGGGACAUCGGUGGUCAACCAAGGUUUAGAUCCAUGUGGGAAAGAUAUUGCAGAGGAGUGAACGCCAUAGUUUACAUGGUGGAUGCAGCUGAUUCAGAGAAAAUCGAGGCAAGCCGUAAUGAAUUGCACAAUUUAUUGGACAAGCCACAAUUGUCUGGGAUACCAGUAUUGGUUUUGGGCAACAAAAGGGAUCUACCUCAUGCGUUAGAUGAGAACGGACUCAUAGAAAGAAUGAAUCUAUCUGCGAUUCAGGAUCGCGAAAUUUGUUGCUACAGUAUUUCGUGUAAAGAAAAAGACAAUAUUGAUAUUACGUUACAGUGGCUCAUAGCGCAUUCAAAAAGUGGAGUUCGCUAAUACUCUUAAAAAAUAUCCUAUUAUUUGUUAGUAUCGCGACGAAUCUUUGAUACUGAUAAUAGUAUUGGGAUCAAAUUGUAAAAUGAGCGUAUUGGGCAAGUUUUGUUCAAAUGUGUCAUUAUUGUAGAAAAUUACUUGAGCUUUAGCUGAUCUAAGUUGUGGAUGGUGCAGAUACCAUUAAAAUAUUAACAAAAGAAAAAAAACGGAAAAA